GAGAGUAAGAGUUUCCGGGUUACGACAGCAAAUUUCCGGGGUGAUAUUUGGCGGGACUUUUUCCAGGUAUAAGUUCGCCGGUGUUGUUUUGUGUUUUAAACAAGUCGCUUCAACAUGAUGGCUACAAACGGAAAGGGCCUGAACGACGGCGCUGAGUCUCACGCAGCUAGGAAUGGAACCACCGCAGCGGAUGGUGCCAAGCUCCCGACGAAAGAAGCCGGCGGGCCGUCGGAGCACUUCACCUUCAGCCGGGAGCCCACCGUGGAGGACAUCCGACGCAUGCAAGCGGAGUUCACCGACGAGCGCGACUGGAACCAGUUCCACCAGCCCCGCAACCUGCUCCUAGCCAUGGUCGGCGAGGUAGGCGAAGUGGCGGAGCUCUUUCAGUGGAAGGGCGAGGUGACCGAAGGCCUGCCCGACUGGAGCGAGGCCGAGCGGGAGCAGCUCGCCCAUGAACUCAGCGACGUGUUCAUCUACCUGGUGGAGCUCGCCGAAAAGUGCCGGGUGGAUCUUCCCCAGGCCGUGCUGCGAAAAAUGGUCCUGAACAGACUCAAGUACCCGGCUAGCAAGGUGCACGGCUCGGCCAAGAAGUACACGGAAUAUCAAGACUGAACUUGGUCGCUUUUGCCAAGUUGGACUUGGAGGUGGCUUUGGUGUCUUUAGCCGCUCGUCUCCGUUUUGUGUGUUUUUAAGCUUUCUGUCGGUUCUUUUAUUUCCUACGAUGACACCUGGUGACUUUCAGCCACUAUUUACUUUGACACGCUUUUUGGAAUUUGCCCUUUAACAGAACUCUAAUAAGGUUGGGGUAUUGUUGUACAUUACUGAGAUGGAAAGAGAACAACCUUUUCUCGUAAGAGUAAAUCAAAGUAAAAGUUUCUUUUAAAAUUCUCAA